CCGAGGAGCUCAAGUGCCUGUGGCUGGUGGAGCACCAGCGGUGGGACGAGGCGGCAGACGCCCUGCGAUUCGCCAGCCAGUGCAGGUUCUGCCAGCUGCCGGCCAUCAUCACGCGGGAGGACCUCCAGAGGCAUCGCACCAAGCAGGUAGGUACCUGAUCAAGGCGGUCCAGGCAAUGAAUGCACACGUGUGGCUGGAUGGUUAUUGAUUGGUCACGUGUGUACAAGCGUUUCUGGCGGAGCCCCGUGUGGUGGCGCUGUGGAAGAUGUUGGGCAGGCAGGUCGACUUUGGCGAGUUGGGCCGGUUCGAGCUCUUCGACGACGGCCAUGGCAGCCUGCGUGCCAUCAAGGACGAGGAGGCCUUCCAGAUCCGCCUCUCCCCGCCCCUCCCCCCCGCCCACCGGUAUCAGCAGCACAGCGACCCGCACAACCCCAUUGUGGCCCACCGCAUCGACGUCUACUACGGUCAAGACCAUGUGCGGGACGGAGAUAUGAUCGAGGCGUCAUUCUCGUCCUACCUCAUGCACACCAUGACGGCGCGAAUGUCUGGCUCCUGUUCGCUUCACCUGAUGGAACGGUCAGUGAGUGGACGUGUGGGUGGAUGAGGGGUGGAGUAGCAAAAUGAUGAUUGAUAUCCCUGAUUGGCUGGUUCGCUGGGUGGCUGCAGCGGCGAUAUGAUAGAUGCUGGCGUGAUGGCCCGGCUCGACCGGUCAGUGCACCGUCCGUUUGUCGGCAAUGUCGCGGGCGCCUCGGCAGUGAUGGCGCUGGAGUACCCCGCCAAUGUGUACCAUCGGUAUGUGGUGAUGACGCCGCUGGACCACCCCUUCGCCACAGUCUUCUGCCUCGACGAAAUACCUCUUGACGAUCAGGAAGGUCCGUCGGUGGGCGGGUGGAUGGGCGGGCGCAUCUAAGCUCUAUUUCCGGCUCUACCUGUCUCUCCGCUUGACCGCUUGUCCGUCGGUUUGUCUGUCUGUCUGUCUCUCUGUCUGCGCGUGAGUGCAGUGCACCUGGUGACGAUCACGAAAGAGCCGAAGGCGUCUGUUCCGGACGACGAGCUUCGGUUCUCGCAAAUGCAUCCCCAGACGACCGCAGGUCCGUACACACAGACGAAGAGACAGACAGACAGACAGACAGGAGGGCGCGAAAUGUGGUGCAUACAUGGACUCAUGUGUCUUGCUGGCUGUGUGUGUGCAGUGGCCUCCCGGUUUUUUGGGCUCAUACUAGGGGGAGACGAUGAAGAUGACACGAGCAGCUCGAGCGGUAGCGAGGAGGGGGAGGAGGGUGGCGGUGGUGUGUCCACACAUGACGACGGCAGCACGAGCCAUGACGCGGACACCGAAAACGACGACGAUGCCCCUGCCAUCGCCAACACUGGUACGUACGUUACAUGAGCUGCACGAGCAUCCAUCCAUCCAUUCAUCCAUCCAUCGAUCGCACGCACACACACGCGUGUAUCCUGCUCCCUCCUUCACUACCUCUGGUUGUAUGGAUGCGUUGUUGCAGAGGAUGCGCCAAUGGCGGUAGAGGACAAUGGCGAAGGCAAAGAGGACAGCACACACCAAUGAACAACCAAGUAAGCAGUCAGGCAGGCAGGCAGGCCAACACAAGAUGAAUGUGGGUGGGUUGUGUUGUCUUGUGUGGCCGUCUGUCGCCAGAGUGGGAGGAGCGUUGGAGCGAGCAAGCGAGGGAGCGAGCGAUCAGAGCUAGCCAGCUAG